CUCUUUCCCGCCCUUCCCCUCUUCAACUAGUUCAACUUAUCUGCUUGUUCUUGCCGGUGCAUGCCGUGCAUGUGGGAAAGGAAGCACUGGAAGCAGAAACACGUGUUUUUAUACUUUUCAGCAGAAAUAGAAAAUUAUUCCGUGUAAACUCCUUGAUUUUGACUGGUACAUAUUAUACUACGUGUGCUCGCUAAUUGCGCCACAUUGCAACAUUGUGCUGUGAGAUAUAUCAAUCCGAAAAUGACUGAAGAAAAAGUAGCUGAUGUAGCCGCGGAGAGCAAUGGAAAAGAGGAGAAAGCAGAAAAUGGGCCGAAAGCCGAGCCCAUGGAUGAAGCAGAACUGGAGAGCGCUAUAAUUCGGCAGGUCGAAUAUUAUUUCGGUGACCUCAACCUUCCACGUGACAAGUUCCUCCGUGAGCAGGUGAAGCUGGACGAUGGCUGGAUUCCAUUUGAGAUCCUCAUCAAGUUCAACCGUCUUGCCAAACUCACUACAGACCUGGAGCUCAUUGCUAAGCUGUUGGGAAGGUCCAGAAGUGGUUUACUUGAGAUCUCAGAAGACAACAAGAAAGUCCGCAGAAGUCCUGACAUGCCUCUACCCGAGAUGAAUGAAGAGCGCCGUAAGGAAGUCCAGGGCCGCACAGUCUACGCCAAAGGUUUCCCCAAGGAUGCGUUGCUGGAUGAUGUCCUGAAGUACUUCAAGCAGUUUGAGGAGGUGGAGAAUGUCAUCAUGAGGAGAUACCAGGACAAUAAGACUAAGAAGCGGCUGUUCAAGGGAUCAGUGUUUGCCACAUUCAAGACCAAAGAACAGGCGCAAAAGUUCCUAGAACAGAGUGACGUGAAGUACGGAGAGAACGAGCUGAUCAGGAAGUGGCAGGAGGCCUACGUGGCUGAGAAACAAGAGGAGUAUGCCGCCAAGAAGGAAAAGAAAGACAAGAAGCCCAAGAAUGUGGAAAAGGAGCCUCCUCAGGACGAGCUGAAGCUGCCGGGCGGCACGGUGCUGCACAUCGAGCACGGCAACGACAAGCUCAAACGGGAGGACAUUAAGGAAGCAUUUGCAAAGUUUGGUGAAUACGAAAUAGCAUACGUAGACUCAAAUCUCGGCGACACGCAGGGCUGGGUACGAUUCGCAAAAGAAAAUGCUGCUAAAGAGAUCUUCGAGAAAAUCCCCGACGGAAAAAUCACAAUCGCAGACACAGAAACAACAGUCAAACUCCUCGGAGAAGAAGAGGAGUCCGCUUACCUGACGAAAACCAUUGAACAUAUGAGGAAGAGGAGGUUCAACUAUAAGAAUAACAAGCACCACAAUAAGGGAAGGAAUUUCAAGGGGAAACAGGGAGGAAAGAAACGCAGGCAAGACCAACAUGAUGACGCACCAGCGGCUAAAGUUAAAGCUGACAGCUAAAUUAAAUAGUUUAUUUUCCAUAAAGUUGAAAGAAAGAUAUAAGUAAGGUUGGUAAGACAAAACCGUAUUACGCCGAUUUCCUUGUGUUUAUGCUCGACACACACAAUCACAUGUAUGAGUGCAAAAUUGGCUUGUCAUGAAGUCACAGUUUUUCCUUAAGCGCUUCACAUACCUUAUUUAAUUCAGUAACUAACGAGACUGACGCAGCUAUACGUUAAACACUGUACAGAUAUCUGCAUCUCACUUCUACGUAUUGCUGCGUCCCUGUCACUAACUGACAGUAAGUAAGGUGUGUAAAGCGCUUUAUGCCUGCCUGUGUUUAUCUUUCAACUCUCUUUUUCAAGUGAAUUUUCUUAUACAUUGUUUAGUGUUCAUAAAGUAAUGUCGGAUCUCAAAUGUUAUUAUAAAUAUUUUGAGAUCAUUAAGAGAAGCAGUAUAACCGUUACAUGCCAAUGUAUUUGUUAUCUAAGCUGACAUGACCUUUAAAUGAAACUGAGUUUCUUUUAUGUUUUUAAUAAAAAAACGUAAUAACUGUUUUA